AUGCACGCCCUUCGCCGCCUGGCCGCCUCUUUGCGCCGGGGCAACCGCACGGAGGUGAAGAAGGUUUAUGUUGCCAGCUCCUCGGACGAGCUCCUUGAGGAGCCUGCGGGUGCAGUGCACCAGCCGCUGCCGGCCACGGGGCCUGCCGAGGUUCCAGAACCAUCGUACGUGGACAAUGCGGCGGCCUGGUCACAGGCAAGCGGCACAGAUGAAGUGAUGGUCGAGGAGGUGGAGGACGACAUUCCAGCGUCACCUGCAUCGUUGAAAGCAUCGCCGUCGUUGCCGGCGCUUCCUGGUCGGGCGAGAGCAUCCUUCGGCGAGGAUCUUCGCAAUGGCUAUGAGAGCCGAGCUCGCGACCGCGAAGCCUGGCUCAGUUCCCUGUCUUCCCGGCAGGCAGUGCCUGAGGAUGCACCAGUGCAGCGAAUGACUGCGAAGGAACUUCUGGCCCUGGCCAGUGCGCCCGAAGCCUCGCCCAGGCCCGAAGCUUCGCCCGGGCGCUCUCUCAGAGAACCCUCCGAGGUUUUCAACGAGCAGUUGAAGCGAUGGAACGUGCACAUGAAGGCCAAGGAUGGCGGCGAAGAUCGAUGGAACGGAAACGUUCGGAUGACAUGGUCCAUCAGAAUGUCGUGA